AGGUUUCAUUAUUUACUGUGGCUUUUCUAGAGACGAUCCGGAUAUGUUCUAAACGGACGAAUUCAAUCGUAAUCGCGUUUGAAUCUCAUAUAGGCCUACUCAGCAAACAGCCAUGGCACCAAAAUAUGACGGCUUGUCCCACUGUAAACUGGCCCUGGUGUUCGCAGUGCUCAUGGACCUGCUGGGUGUGAUAUCCCUGCUGCUGGGGGUCUUCGCCCCACUGGAGAUCCAAGGUCGAGACUUUGGGGAUCUGCUGGUGUACACAGGGGCCCUGCUGGUGCUCUUUUCCCUGGCAGGCUGGGUCAUGUGGUACAGCGGCAACAUUGAGGGUCUGACCUCCAGAAAGGAGUUGGGGAGCUCAGUUGGUGGAGCUAUGGACCGCCUCGCACGGUCCCUGAGCCGCAGGAUACGGAUCCCCAGGACUCGCAGCAGCCCAACUUAGGAAGCGGAGCCCAAAGAUACCAACAGACUGACUGACUGACUGUUACAAAGAGGGCUGUCCCUCACCAGGCAGCAGGCCAAGCUGCCUGAGGCAAAGGAGUGCCACUGCUGUUUGUGGCUCUCUUCACAAACACGCCUCUUGUGAUAACAAACACCUUGUUCACAUGACAAAAAAACUGUAAUUCGUAUCCUCUCUUCUUGAAUGGAAUGUAUAUCGUGGACUUCCCUGCUGGCUGUAAUAUAAAAGAUUCAUCUUCUCUAUUUA